CGAUGCAAAGAAGGCUGGAGAUCUCUCCACCCUGUUUGACGUGGGAGGAAUAGUGGGGGGGAUCCUCGCAGGAGUGAUCUCUGAUAAGCUGGAGAAGAGAGCCACCACCUGUGCAGUCAUGCUGCUGCUGGCUGCUCCUACACUGUAUGGCUUCUCCAUGAUCAGCGAGUUUGGGUUUGGGCCAACCAUCGCCAUGCUGCUGGUUUGUGGAGGGUUAGUCAAUGGACCAUACUCCCUCAUCACAACUGCAGUUUCUGCUGAUUUGGGCACCCACAAGAGUCUGAAAGGCAACGCCAGAGCGUUGUCCACUGUGACUGCCAUCAUCGAUGGCACAGGAUCUAUAGGUGCAGCACUGGGACCCCUGCUGGCGGGGCUGCUGUCUGCAGGGGGGUGGGAUCAGGUAUUCUACAUGCUGAUGACUGCUGACUUCCUGGCUCUGUUGUGCUUGUUACGGCUUGUGACAAAGGAGCUGACAUCAUCUAAAUCCCCUCCCAUCUCGGCUGUAGAGUUGAAGGAGCACUGAGCACUUUGAUUGCACUGCCUCCACGAUGAACACACACACACACACACACACACACACACACACACACACACACACACACACACACACACACACACACACACACACACACACAGUUUACAUAUUAAAAGUUGUGUUUCAUUUAAGGUACUGUAAUUCUACAAAAAAAGAAUCAUUAAAUGUUGUGUUUA